ACUGUACGUUUCGAGUUAUCCUGCCUAACAUGCCGAAGACUCUGAAAAGGAGGUAUGUAGCUCUCUUUUUCAUUGCCACCUCUGAGGUCCAGGCAUCAUGAAGCGCAAUCCGUUUGUGUCCUCCUCCCGGCGGAAGAGCCGCAAGCGUCAUUUCAAUGCGCCCUCCCACAUCCGACGCAAGCUGAUGAGUGCACCACUCUCCAAGGACCUGAGGACCAAGCACAAUGUCCGCAGCAUGCCCAUCCGCAAAGAUGACGAGGUGCAGGUAACCAGGGGUCACUACAAAGGUCAGCAGGUUGGCAAGGUCGUGCAGGUGUACAGGAAGAAGUUUGUGAUCUACAUUGAGAGGAUCCAGAGGGAGAAGGCUAAUGGAGCCCAAGUGUUUGUUGGCAUCCACCCCAGCAAGGUUGUGAUAGUGAAGCUGAAGAUGGACAAGGACCGCAAACGUCUCCUUGAGCGUAAGGCUGCCUCCCGCCUCCAGAGAGACAAGGGCAAGGGCAAGCACACCGAGGAAUCAGUUGCCAUGGCAACAGACUAAAGGACCUGCCAGUCACAUGGUUUCCAAAGCAAAGGGGGCGGGCAUGUUGGAAUUCUUGUAUAUUAACAGCUGUAUGUUGAGAAGUUUCCUAAUAACACCAACCAGAAUGGGAGAUCAGUAA